AUGGCUUCCACCAUAACAAACCCCUUAUUUUCCUCCAAUUUCUUGGGCACCCGAGUCUUCACAUCUUCUCCAACUCCCAAAACAGUCCCAAGAAGAUUCGUCAUCCCAAAAUCACUUCUUGAUGAUAAAAGCUCCAAAAUUUCGAACAAUCUAACCAAUCGUGCAGCUCUCGCCGCUUUACUGUUCUCUUCAGUCACUCCACACGCACUGGCGCUGGAUGGUUCCCCGCCGCCACCAGCCCCCGCUCCACAGGUUGUCGAAAUCGAGGCCCAAAAGCCCGGCCCGUUGUCACCCUUCGGCCAAAACCUGAUCUUGAAUGCGCCGAAGCCCCAGGCUCAGCCCGCUUCCGAUCUCCCCGAAGGCUCCCAGUGGCGAUACAGCGAGUUCCUGAACGCGGUGAAGAAGGGGAAGGUUGAGAGGGUUAGGUUCAGUAAAGAUGGAAGUGCCCUUCAGCUCACAGCCGUCGACGGCCGCCGGGCCACGGUGAUCGUGCCCAAUGACCCGGACCUGAUCGACAUAUUGGCCAUGAACGGCGUAGAUAUAUCCGUCUCCGAGGGCGAAUCUGGAAACGGGCUGUUUAGUUUCAUCGGGAAUCUAAUCUUCCCCUUCCUUGCCUUUGCUGGGCUCUUCUUCUUGUUCCGUCGGGCUCAGGGAGGGCCUGGAGGUCCCGGCGGUCUCGGUGGCCCAAUGGACUUCGGCCGGUCUAAGUCCAAGUUCCAGGAGGUCCCAGAGACUGGCGUGACGUUUGCUGACGUGGCGGGAGCCGACCAGGCAAAGCUCGAGCUGCAGGAAGUAGUUGAUUUCUUGAAAAACCCGGAUAAAUACACUGCCUUAGGGGCGAAAAUUCCCAAGGGCUGUCUCUUGGUGGGCCCACCAGGGACCGGGAAGACCCUCUUGGCCCGGGCUGUGGCAGGAGAGGCAGGCGUGCCCUUUUUCUCCUGUGCGGCAUCGGAGUUUGUUGAGCUUUUUGUGGGUGUGGGGGCUUCUAGAGUGAGGGAUUUAUUCGAGAAGGCUAAAUCAAAAGCUCCGUGCAUUGUGUUCAUUGACGAGAUUGAUGCUGUUGGGAGGCAGAGAGGGGCUGGGCUUGGUGGUGGGAAUGAUGAGAGAGAGCAGACAAUUAAUCAGCUCUUGACCGAAAUGGAUGGGUUUUCUGGUAACUCUGGUGUUAUAGUGCUGGCGGCUACUAACAGGCCCGAUGUGCUUGAUUCGGCUUUGUUGAGGCCCGGGAGGUUUGAUCGGCAGGUCACUGUUGAUCGGCCAGAUGUUGCAGGGAGAGUCAGGAUUCUUCAGGUGCACUCAAGAGGGAAGGCCCUGGCCAAGGACGUUGAUUUCGAGAAAAUUGCGAGGAGGACACCUGGCUUCACGGGGGCCGAUCUGCAAAACCUCAUGAACGAGGCUGCCAUCCUGGCGGCAAGGCGUGAUCUCAAGGAGAUAAGCAAGGACGAGAUAUCUGAUGCCCUCGAAAGAAUAAUCGCGGGGCCUGAGAAGAAAAAUGCUGUUGUCUCUGAUGAAAAGAAGAGACUUGUGGCCUAUCACGAGGCUGGGCAUGCUUUGGUUGGUGCCCUGAUGCCGGAGUAUGAUCCGGUUGCCAAGAUUUCCAUUAUUCCCCGUGGCCAGGCUGGCGGGCUCACUUUCUUUGCCCCAAGUGAAGAGAGGCUCGAGUCGGGUUUGUACAGUCGGAGCUAUUUGGAAAAUCAGAUGGCAGUUGCUCUGGGUGGAAGGGUUGCCGAGGAGGCUAUCUUCGGACAAGAUAAUGUGACAACAGGAGCUUCCAAUGACUUCAUGCAAGUUUCAAGGGUUGCGAGGCAAAUGGUCGAGAGGUUUGGCUUCAGCAAAAAGAUCGGUCAAGUGGCCAUUGGUGGGCCCGGUGGAAAUCCCUUCCUUGGCCAGCAGAUGUCGACCCAGAAAGACUACUCGAUGGCGACUGCAGAUAUUGUGGAUGCAGAAGUGAGGGAGCUUGUAGACCGGGCGUACUCUAGGGCAAAGCAGAUAAUCACAACCCAUAUCGACAUUCUGCACAAGCUGGCUCAGUUGCUGAUUGAGAAAGAAACUGUUGAUGGAGAGGAGUUCAUGAGCCUCUUCAUUGAUGGCAAGGCUGAACUUUAUGUUGCAUGA